CAGCAUGCAAAAGUAAUUCAAUCCACUUCAAACUACACUCAUUCAUUCUCGCUGCGCUACUUUCGCUGGUGGGGAAACUGUAACGAGCCGUUCGGGCGAGCGCGCUUAUCGGACCAAGCAAUACUUUUUGGGGUGGUGUAUUUUCCCGCGCUGAAAGGAGGCGGGUGGGUUAGUAAAAAAAACAAAAAAAAACCAGCAACGAAGAGCAAGUAAGCGAUCAAGCAACGAGAGGAAAAGAAAAUAAACACCAAAAAAGAGAGGAUCGGGGGGGAUUCAUUUUAUUUUUGUGCCACAAAUGGCCAAAGGCGAAGGAGCGGAGAGCGUUUCAACGGCAGGCCUUUUGCAGCCAAGCAUCUUGAAACAAGAGGACCUGAUCCGGCCCAAGAGAGAAAGCAAAGGAAAGCUAUCGAUAAGCAGCAAAGUGUGUUAUGCCAUUGGGGGAGCCCCUUACCAGAUCACCGGUUGCGCCUUGGGCUUCUUUCUGCAGAUCUACCUGUUGGAUGUGGCUCAGCUGGACCCUUUCUAUGCUUCCAUCAUCCUUUUUGUGGGCCGUGCAUGGGAUGCCGUUACUGAUCCAGUGGUGGGUUUCUUCAUCAGUAAAACAUCAUGGAGUCGCUUUGGACGCCUGAUGCCCUGGAUUAUAUUCUCUACUCCCUUUGCUGUGACCUCCUACAUCCUGAUAUGGUUUGUGCCUGACAUCGCUCGGGGGCAAGUGAUGUGGUAUCUCUUCUUCUACUGCAUCUUCCAGACCCUUGUGACGUGUUUCCAUGUUCCCUACUCAGCCCUCACCAUGUUCAUCAGCAGGGAGCAGAGUGAGCGGGAUUCUGCCACUGCCUAUCGCAUGACUGUGGAAGUGCUCGGGACAGUCCUGGGGACAGCCAUCCAAGGACAGAUCGUGGGCAAAGUGGAUACGCCUUGCAUUGCAGACCCACUCUUGUUGGACAUUGGCAACACUUCUUCGGUGGCCAUGGAGGACGUCAACAUCACCCGUGACACUGGCUCGCUCACAGAUACGAAAAAUGCCUACAUGAUUGCAGCUGGUGUCAUCAGUGGGAUAUACAUUAUUUGUGCAGCCAUCCUGUCUGUGGGUGUUCGAGAAAGACGAGAGUCUUCUGAGCUCCAGUCGGACGAGCCGGUUUCCUUCUUCCAAGGCUUGAAGCUGGUGAUGAACCAUGGCCCCUACAUCAAGCUGAUUGCUGGCUUUCUCUUUACCUCACUGGCCUUCAUGCUCCUGGAAGGCAACUUCGCCCUGUUCUGUACAUACACCUUGGGGUUCCGCAAUGAGUUUCAGAACAUUCUGCUGGCCAUCAUGCUCUCUGCCACGCUGACCAUCCCCUUCUGGCAGUGGUUCCUCACUCGCUUUGGGAAGAAAACUGCCGUCUACAUUGGAAUCUCGUCUGCCACUCCAUUCCUCCUCUUGGUAGUAAUUAUGGAAAGUAACCUUAUUGUCACAUAUAUGGUAGCUGUUGCAGCCGGAAUCAGCGUAGCUGCCGCCUUCCUUUUACCCUGGUCGAUGUUGCCAGACGUCAUUGAUGACUUCAACCUCCAACACCCAGAUUCCACUGGCCAUGAAGCAAUUUUCUUCUCCUUCUAUGUCUUCUUCACCAAGUUUGCUUCUGGGGUGUCUCUGGGGAUCUCCACACUCAGUUUAGACUUUGCCGGGUACAAGACUCGGGGCUGCUCCCAGCCAGAGGAGGUGAAGCUGACAUUGAAGAUGCUGGUGUCAGCUGCCCCCGUGGUGUUGAUCGUCUUUGGCCUGCUCCUGUUCAAGUUGUACCCCAUUGAUGAGGACAAGCGGAGAAAAAACAAGAAAGCCCUACAGGAUUUAAGAGAUGAAGAGAGCAACAGUAGCACUGAGUCGGACUCCACAGAGCUGGCCAGCAUAGUUUGACCUCGGCUUACCUUCGUUUACUGUUUACACACUGGGAUCCUUUGAAGAUAGAAAGGGGUUGUCACGGCCGUCUGCUAUGCAGGAGGGAUGCUGACUUGCUCCCUUCAGGGAGUGCGCUGUGACGUCCUUCCAGACUGCUCUGGAGAGCAAACACUGAUUAUAUGUUGUGCCUCAAAGUGGGAUCCGUGGAGCAUCAACUGCAGGUACAUGCUGGGCAGUCCUUGGUACUGCAGGAAAGUACCUCUUGAUGGAAUAAGUGCCAGACCCAAUGUGUCGUCUUCCAUAAUAGUUUUGCAAAACACCUUUUGAGCAGUGGUACCCUUUGGCUGUGCCAUCACUAAUCCACCUGGUACCCUUGGCAUCAAGGGAAGUGCAACUGAAUGCAGUACUGUUGUGUCUUUGUUCGUUUGUUUAAUUUGAGUUUACUAUGGACCCAGAUGGUGCUUUUGGUGUAUGUUACACCGGUGGCAUGACCAUGCCAAACACAACCUCAUAUACUGUUCUCUUCUGUAAAUAAGACACAACUAAUGCAGAAGCAUCUUGUGGUGUUACUAUCUUAUAUAUAUAUAUAUAUGUAUUUGUAUAUACGAAGAGCCUAAUUAAUUAAAUUAACUUAAUGAUGUAAAUAUAAAACUGCUAUGUUUUUCUAUUUGUAUAUGUCUGUACAGAAAGAAGACAAUGGAACUAUUAAUAUUAAUUUACAUUAAAAUGCAAAAAUGUUGCCUGCAUUGUAUUUGUGUCUUUCCCCUCAAGAACAACUGAAAACAGGCUUAAUUAAAUGGAACUU